UUAUAUUAAAAAAUAUAUUAUCGAUCGUCGGUUUUUCCAAUGUCACGACGCCAUGAGGAAAUUCUAAAAAUCGCAUUGAAGAAAUACAUAAUUUUAAGAAUAAAUGACGUACGGCAAUGUUCAAAUUCAGCCCCAGACUUUUCUUUGGAAUUAAAGCCGUCUGCACUGUAAGGCCGUUUCACAACAAUUGCGCAAUGGCGAUGAAUUCUAAGCCGUUCACAGUGUUCGUCGAGGGCAAUAUUGGCAGCGGUAAAACAACAUUUCUGGAGCACUUUCGUCAGUUUGAAGACAUUACCUUAUUGACUGAGCCUGUAGAGGAAUGGAGAAACCUGAAAGGAUGGAACUUAUUGGAUCUAAUGUACAAGGAUACUGCUAAAUGGGCAAUGACAUUUCAAUCAUAUGUGUCUUUAACAAUGCUGGAAAUGCACCAGAGACCUACUCCCACCCCUGUGAAGCUGAUGGAAAGGUCCUUGUACAGUGCACGUUACUGUUUUGUGGAGCACAUGAUGAGGAGUGGUACCAUACACCCAGCAGAGUUUGCAGUGUUGGACGAGUGGUUCAAGUUUAUCAUGAAUCACAUACACAUUGAUGCUGAUCUCAUUGUUUACCUGAAAACAACUCCAUCGGUGGUGUAUGAGAGAAUAAAGAAGAGAGCUAGAUCAGAGGAGCAGUGUGUCCCUCUGUCUUAUAUUGAAGAACUGCAUAAACUACAUGAAGACUGGCUUAUUAAUAGACAACAUGCAGAAUGUCCUGCCCCUGUUUUAGUGAUAGAUGCUGACUUGGAUCUGUCUCAAAUAACAGAAGAGUACAAGAAGAGUGAGCACCAAAUAUUGAGGAAAGCAGUUGAUGUGGUGAUGAGAUCGCCUAACAAGCUUAGCCCAAAGAAACCUAUUACUACUUCUCCUAUACAGAUAGUGCCUCAAAGAAGAAUAUUAUAAUAUUAAUGUUACUUUUUAUUUUUAAAACCAUUUUCUUAGUUUACAUUUGACUUGUGUUCUUGAUGACUACUUGUAAUGUUAGUUUUUAAGAUUUAUUAAUGAAAAGAUCACAAAUAAUAGUGUAUUACUAAUAAUUUAUGAUAGAUAUGAUAUGUUAUGACUCUAUGUUAGAGUCAUAAAUGAGCCUUAAUAUAUAUAUUCCAUUGUGCUUUAGAAAGUUAAUACUUAUAAAGGUUAACCUAAAAAACUAACCAGUGUUUUCUAAUAUAAGAUAUUUGAGAGAAAACAAUUUACCUACAAUUUGUUUACUGUAUGUUAACAUUUCAAACAUUAAAAUUCAUUUCUAUGUCUGAAGAUAAAUCUGAUAUUUAUAAUGUUUAGUUUUAGUUGUGUGUAUUGAAUUGUGAACAUUGCAUUUACUUUUGGAGUUUAAUUGUUUGUAUGAUGGCAAUGAAUUGAAAUCAGCACUGUACAAAGUUGUGUCAAUAUAAAAAUAUUAUUGA